AUGGCCGCCCGGGAGAGCGAGGAGAUCGGCGCCAGCGUCCUCGAUGAGCUGAACAGCCAGCGGGAGCAGCUGCUCGGCGCCCGAGGGCGGCUGGACGAGGGCAAUGCCAAUCUGCGGCGGAGUGGCAAGCUGAUCCGCCACCUAAACAUGGGCCUCGCCACGAACAAGUGCCUGCUGCUGUUGAUCAUCGCCCUGGAGAUUGUGAUCCUCCUCGUGGUGGUCUACCUCAAGUUCAUCCGCCAGCAUCACUGGUUCUAA